AUGGACUUGCUACAGAAGGAGCAUGAGCGGGCGUGGAAGCGGAUGAAAGCGGCCAAAAGUAUCAACGACGUCCAAGCUACGAUUGACUUGCUACAGAAAGCUCGAGACUCGAUAGCUGCUGAUCCGACCACAGCUUCAAUCACACUCGCAAAGCUACAGAAUCCGGUGAAGGCGUCAUUCGAUGCGACCAACGAUAGUUUGAAGGAGACCCACGGCAGUCUCAACAAGUACACGAAAGCACUAGACAAGUUGUUCAAAGAUCGUCCUCUUCCUAGCACCGAAUAUGACGCCCUCUCAAGCUCACCGAGCCUCGUCAAUCGAGCGAUUGCCAUGCACUUGCUCCGAGAAGGCCAAUUUUCAGUUGCAGCCACGUUUCUGGACGAAAUAGCGCAGGCAAAAUCCCCAGCCCAACCCGAAUACGAAGAUAGUUUGAUUAGCGAGAAUAAUGCGUCUGCAGUACUUGACCAAAUCCAUUCGGACAGAAUCCGUGAAGAGUUUACCAAAAUGUAUCACAUACUGCAUGAGCUUCGUGAGAGUUCGAAUUUACUACCUGCAAUAGACUGGGCAAGGGACAACCGAUCAAUCCUAGAGGGCCGAGGAAGCAACCUGGAGUUUGAGCUUUGUCGUCUUCAAUUCGUCUGGCUCUUUCAUGGUGGCACGGAACCACAAUACUCGCCAAGCGCCCGCGGUCGACAAGCUGCUUUGGAAUAUGCGAGGCGGGAGUUUUCAACCUUCACGCCUCGGUACCUGAAAGAGAUUCAACAACUUAUAGGGGCUAUGGCUUUUUGGCCAAAUUUGGACGACUCUCCAUAUCGACAUAUUUUCAACAACCCGACCGCUUGGUCUGAUGUUGCUCACUCUUUCACACGAGAGUUUUGCUCGUUACUUGGUUUGUCGGCAGACUCUCCUCUUUAUAUAGCGGCGACGGCCGGCGCCAUUGCCCUUCCCACUUUGUUGAAGCUGCAGACAAUCAUGAAAGCAAAGAGGACCGAGUGGACCACCCAGGAUGAACUUCCGGUCGAGAUUCCACUGCCGCCCUCGUAUCUGUUUCAUUCGAUAUUUGUGUGCCCCGUCUCGAAAGAACAAACUACAGAUCAGAACCCUCCUAUGAUGAUGCCAUGUGGUCACGUCAUUGCGCAGGAGUCACUUCAGCGAAUCAGCAAGGGUAACAAAUUCAAGUGCCCUUACUGCCCCAGCGAGAGCCAUCCGAAGAAUGCUCGGAAAGUCAUAUUCUGA